UUUUCCAAGGCAGUGUUCCUGUGAACAGCUCUUAGACCCCUAGCUUUAAGGCCACCAUAAUAUUUCUUCUUAACUUUUUCUUUAAACCUGAAAUCAUGUCUGUUAAGUAGCAUACCUCAACAUUCCAUGCAUUUUAUGCAUUUUGUCCAUCUUUUUAUUUUAAGAUAUAAAAUGUCAUACAUCAUUGUAUAAUUUGUGUGCUGUUUGCUUCAGUUCCAAAGAGAGUCAUGAAGAAGGGAUUUAAUAUUGAAUCCCUGUUUACAACGCCAUCUACAACUGUCACCAGUACAACCAUCCCAACAACAAAGAUCAGACAUGACAAUCAUGGAGGAAGAGGAGGAAAAAAUAAUGGAAGAGGAAGGUCUCCAGACUCAUCACACCCUGUGGACCCCACUUCAAAUCCCAGGGACGAAGACUAUUUCUACGAAGGAGGGGGGAAUUCAGGGCCUGAGUUGAGCGGGGAAAAUAAUGAGAAUGAGCAGAGAGGAAGACAUAAUUCUGGUUAUGACUUAAAUAAUGGAAAGUCACCGAGUGGAAGUGCAGAUAAACUACCAGCAUAUGUCAAUACAAAAUUUCAACAUGUGCUGUUCACUGAAUCUCCAUCCAGGGAAAAAGCCGCACCUAAAGCCAGUGAACCUGCCACCACCAGUAGUCCAAACAUGUCCACCUUUACCAUCUGUAUCAACUACACAGAGGGGAUACAUAUAGCAGAAAGUAAAACAAGAGGAGACCGAGAUCAUAUAGGAUUUGUUGUUGACUGGAUCAACACUAAACAGUAUUUAGAUAGUAAUCAAGAAAAACUUAUCCUUUAUCUAGUCGUGAGCCUCUGCAUAGGACUCAUUUUAGUUUUACUUGCAAUCAUUGUUAGACUGUCUUACGUACAUAGAAAACACAAAAGAGUAAAACUAGACAUUUCUGAACCAGUGGCAAAUCAUAGACUUACCCCUAGUAGAGAUCUCAACUUCGACCUCUAUAGCAAUUAUGACAAUUUUGAUGUUGGCCUAGAUCCAGGGCCUGUGCGAUUCCAUGGGAGGAACACGUUACGAGGAGAUGACGAGCCAGGGGAACGUAGUCUGAACAACUACUAUGGAUGAUGGAGUCAAUGUCCGUAGCACAAGAAUGGUGCUUACAAAUGUGAUGGAGUAUGUCUCCUUUCAUGAAGGCAGCAUGGUGUAUUCCUCAGAUCUGUGGCUCAAGUGACCUGUUACUGUCAGCAAUGUGUAGCAUACCUGAAGUGCUUUAGUUUCUCUACUGGGAUUGGUUGCCAUAGUAGUGCCAUAGUUGUUAUUCACAUCUUCUCCAUCCAGUGCAAUAUUCUCUUGUAUGUCCUGUAAUGAAUCUAUGCAGUGUCUGAAUAUACAAGAACGUAUUGAUUCAGCAAAACCCUAGGUUCCAGUAUUAUAAUACAGUUAUUGGUUCAAAUGCAAAACAUCAAUUUUGGUUAUUUUUGGUAAUAGAUCAGGAGUCUCAGAGUUAUACAAGCUCAUCUGAAGCAAUGUUAUAUGGGAAGGUACUAAAUGGUGUGAGUAUAGAUAAAUACAUCAUUUAGUUAUUUGGUUGAAAUUUUGUAUGUUGGACCUCUAAAGAUAGGAUUUGACGUUUCAGAAAGAUGCUUGUGUUUGCAAUUAGACUGAGACUACCCACAAUCAUGUUACAUGAGUAUACUGAUAUUAUGAUACUUACUGAGCAGAAGAGAAAUUUGGGGAAUCAAUUGUUAUUUUAGAGUGAGUUAUUAAACACCUGUUUACUGAAGUAUUUAUUCACAGCUUGCCAUUCCCACUGCCUCAGUGUAAGGCUGUCAAGGCACAAAUUUUAUUAGAUAUCAUGGUCUUUUUCUUUAGCUUUUGUAAGCGUUAAUGCUUAACUGUGUGCAUGUGCUUUUUAAUUGGCAAGUUUUACUUAAUCUUUUAUACACAUUUGAAGGCACACAUUUACAUGUUGUUUUCUUGAAAGUUGCUAUCCUUCCCUAUAGACUUUUCCAGAUAUGAAAAUGUGUGUUACCUAUGAUGACCAAACAAAACAUGCUACUAUUUGGCCAUGUAUGUAGCUUAUGUUUGACAGGUACUUGAAGAUAUGAUGAGUUUUCUUAUAGAUUUUAGAGAGCCCUAACUUAAUUGUGAAAGUAUGAUAGCUAGAUUUUGCAAGCCAUAGGUUUUAACUUCAACCUUGCCUCAGAUAAUUUGAAGUGUGAUGGAUAUGACCAGCUUUUAACUUUGAACAGCAUAAGGUUGAUCAGUUUGACAUGAUAUAUAAAAACUUGGAUAUGGGCUUCUCCGUAAACAUAUGUUUUUCAGAUGUUAUAUUUCAAGGCUUAGUAUUGCAAUGACCACUUCUAGACAAAGACCUACAAAGCAUACAUGACUUUAUGGCUUUCAUGUCAGAUAAAACCACCUGUGGCACCAAAUAAGUGCACACAAAGAUUAAUAGAUGUUGCUUGGGUACAAUAAAUUGGAAUGAUCAUGACAAAUAAUUUGGAUCAGCCGAACAAACUGUCGGGUGUAAUGCACAAAACUGCUUGUACCAGUUGGCCAUAGUAAUGCCCCAAGUUAUAAAGCAAAUGCAUCUGGUUUUCUUUAACUUGCAAAUAAGCUAUCAUACUUGAAGCAAAAGUUGUGUUUAUGAAACAUAUGAAAAUUCACCAUUCUUUGAGCCUACCCUCUACCAGGGCGACUGAUAGAUUUUUCACAGAUAUUCACAGAUAUGUCUCUAGCUAGAUAGAUGG